AUGGCGUUUUCCGGCGGCAGCUUCCAGGCGGCGGAGGCGUUCGUCAAGUCGUUCGUGCUCGACGGCGAUUCCGUCACGUUCGACCGGACCGCUCUCGAGGGCCUGCGCGAUUUCAAGCUGGAGCCCGGUCGGUGCGUGUGCGUGUUUCCGGUGACGCCGAGGGUGCAGAACAGGUACGGCACCCUCCACGGCGGAUGCGUCGCGACGCUCGUCGAUGUUGUGUCCACCGUGGCCUUGCUCACCGUGAGCGCCGAUCCCGGGGUGAGCGUCAACAUCGGGACAAACUACAUCGACCCGGGCCCGGGCGGCGCGGACGUGGAGGUGGAGGCGAGGGUCACCAAGGUGGGGCGCACGCUGGCGUUCAUGGACGUCACGCUGCGGACGGCGGUCGGGGGAAAGACGGUGGCGACGGGGACGCACUGCAAGUUCCUGCCAAACUCGCGGCAAACUCGGUCCAAACUUUGA